GGCCAAGGACCAGAACGGCUGGUCUCUGGAUCAGAUGAUUUCACUUUGUUUCUUUGGCUUCCUGCCGAAGAUAAGAAGCCAUUGACGAGAAUGACAGGCCAUCAAGCGUUAAUCAAUCAAGUCGUCUUCUCCCCUGACACCCGCACCAUCGCCAGCGCAUCCUUCGACAAGUCAAUCAAGCUUUGGGAUGGACGGACCGGGAAGUAUCUCACUUCCCUGCGGGGACAUGUCUCGGCUGUGUACCAGAUUGCGUGGUCGUCCGACAGCCGUCUGCUGGUCAGCGGGAGUAGCGACAGCACCCUCAAAGUUUGGGACGCCAAGACGCAGAAGUUGGCCGUUGACCUACCCGGACAUGCUGAUGAG